AUGACAUCUUUCAGUGGGUUACGUAUUUGUUUAAGCCUAGUCUUUGGAUGCCUUUUCUUAGCACUCGUUGCAGAGCUAUACUACUUGCUAUGGUGGAAGAAGAGAUUUGGCAACAAUGAUGAUUAUAGCAGCAACUAUGCUAAGGAAUUAUUUCAUCUUAUUUGCUGGAAGAAACCCUCCUCUUCCAGAAAUAACAUUACUCAAGAUGGUGUGAGAGAUCCAGAAGCUCCUUGCCAAGAACCAGACCUAGAAUUAGGCACGAGCAAAGAUUUGCUUAUAAAAGCAUUUGGUGAAGAAAGUGUGGAGUCUGAGAUCAUGAGGCUUCACAAUCUCUGUGGUCCACCAAGAUUUCUCUUCACUAUAAAAGAGGAAACAAAGGAGGAUUUGGAGUCUGAUGAUGGUAAGUCUAGAGGGGAUAGGAGCAGGAAAGGGUCAAGGACACGAAGCUUGAGUGAUCUUAUGGUCACUAUUGACACCCCCUUCCUUACUCCUUUGGCUUCUCCACGUUUUAAAUCUCCUCCUUUCAAUGGUUUGGAUUCUUAUAAUCACCAUGGAUUCAAUCCACUCUUUGAAUCAUCAAUGGAAGCAGAGCUUGGCAGGCUAAGAUCGUCCCCACCUCCAAAAUUCAAGUUUUUAAGGGAUGCAGAGGAGAAACUGUUUAGAAGGCUAAUGGAAGAAGCUGAGAAAAGGGCAUCCAAAAAUCGUGUUUCUGUUCAAGAUUCAUCAGAGAUUAAAGUACCUAAUUCAACCAUGAUAACAGAAGAGACAGAAGGGUCUUUUUUAGGCUUUAUUGUUGGCAAGAACAAAGAAAGUGAAAUUCUACAUCACCUGCCACAAUAUCAUUCAAGCUCUUCUCAGGUACUUCCAUUGGCUUCUUCCCCUACAACAUUCAGACCACUAGACAAGAAGCCCAUGGUGCAUUAA